AAUCAUGUCGCGGACCCGAAACACCCCUCGCGAAACACUGAAACUAAUCGGGACGGUGGAAAAUCUUUCCGCGGUGUGGGAUGCCUUGGGAUUCAGUACUGCAACACGGGUCUCUUCUCCGAAACCCUUCCCAGUUCCCCUUCGCGGGACCAGUCGCCCCUGAAGAAUCCCUCCAAGCAGUCGGACGACGAAGCCACCUCCACCGACGAGUCAGAGGAACAGCGGCGUCUGUGGACGCAGCAUGUGCUGGCCGACAUCAGCUGCGAUGGCAAGUUUCUGGUGCUGGCGUCGCAACGGGAAAUCUCCAUUCUGACGUCCAAGUGGCGGAGCGAUAAGUUGGUCUUCACCAAGCUGUGGAACGGACAGCUGGCAGGGGCCGAUACGGAUGCCGAGGUGCUCACUUGUUGCAUCGCACUGCCGCUCAGCUCCCGGCAGCGCACUUCCGAUGGGCUUCCGGACUGGACCUGUGUGAUUUACGGUUUCAGGAGCGGUUAUGUGGCAUUCCACACGGAAAGCGGCUACACGGUGCACCGGCAGAAGUUCGAUGCCAGUCCCGUGCGACUGAUCAAAAUCCAUUCUCCGCAGUAUACACGUGUCGGGGAUGCGCAGAGUGUGCAGGAGUUGAUCAUCUUGUACGAGAACGGCGCUGUGGUUUUUAUUAACGGGCUGCAUUUGUAUUCGUCCCUCCAGAAUUUUAAAUUGGCGGCGGCGAAUGCUACCGCAAAGGGCAAGGGUGAAGACGAUGAUCUGGACUUCAACUCCAUUCCCCAUGAGAAAUUCCAGCUGGAUUCCCAGCAAGAUAUUCGUGAUAUCAUUUCGCUGGGAUCCGUGCGGAUUAACCUGUUUGAUCAGCUGCUCAACGCGUCUGUAAUGGGCGGCAGCUCGGCAGCGAUCAAGACGCCGCUGCCCACUUACCGCCGCUUCAUAUCCGUUGGGACGAAGCCGUUUUAUGCCAGUUACUUCGUGAUGGAAGGCGAAACGCCACUGGUUAUCGGUCAGAUGGCCAGAGAUAUCGCUGGCCGAGUGUCGCAGGCAGUUACGUCACGCAUCACUGCCACGGCAAACCGGUUCGGAUUAGGGGGCUUGCUGAGUCGAGCGAUGCCCGCGGCCAAGGAGACUGUCGAGAAAAAGACCAUUUUUGUGCCAAAAGCCGGAAGAGAUGUGGAUGCAAGAUUUUCUUUAUUAGACGCUCGUCGUAUCGCGACGAAUGUCGUGUUGUCGGAUAAGAGCAGGCUAGCCGCUCUAACGGACAACUUUGGACGGGUUCUGUUGAUGGACUGCUCGACCGGUGUCAUCAUCCGAAUGUGGAAGGGUUAUCGUGCCGCCGAAGUGGCUUGGAUAACUGUCGCUGAUCCCAAGAGUUCUGCCGACUCCAAGUACGUGGAGUGUCUCGUGAUAUACGCUCCCCGGCGGCACUUGCUGGAGGUGUGGUCCCCUCUGUCAUUCCGCCGUUUAAUCGCCAUCCAUGUCAGCCAAGGUCUGCGCUUGCUCCCCGUGGGAACCGGAACGCUGUCGCCCACGUUCGAAGUCUUCCAUCGGCCCAGUGAAUGCUACUUUCUGGAUCUGACGGGCAAUGUGUACAUUCUCAACGUUCCCUUCUAUCUGACUGAAGAGGGGAUCGAUGAGGCCAACGCCCAGGAUCUGCAGACUGUGCAGCAAGCCAAGGAAAUGGUGAUGUAUGGGAAGAAUGUCAGUACGGAGAAAAUUGUGGAGUUGUUCGGGGAGAUUGCGUCCAUUGAGGUCAAAGAUCAGCUGGUGCAGUUUUUCUGUAUGGAGGGCAUUGCCGGUAAACAGGAUGGCCUGAUGCGAGUGUUAAGAUCAGCGUUAGAGGAUAGUGGUAAAGUGAAAUUAGACGAAAAGGAGAAAAACAUUGUGAGAGAGUGGAAAGUCAACCUGCGCGUUCUGGAGUGGUACGAGCAGAUGAUUGGACAGUGGAUGGAAUAUGAUGACGCAAAUCCUUUGACUACCGGUGAGGGCGAUACCUCGAAUAUCUUUGGUGAUCUGGAUACCAGCAACCUGUUCUCCCUGAUGCACGCGGUUAGUGCGUCAGCGUUAUGGAAAAGCAGCAUACAGAGUCGCCAUUGGGACUACGACUGGCGCACUGUGUUGUAUCUGCUGGAUCCUCUCCCUGGUGACAGUGGAGCCCAGCUGCAUUUUACCGUCAACCCGGAAGCGAUCCAGGAUGAGCGUUUGUUUCUAGCGGAUAUUCUAUACCGCCUCUAUUUCCUGGGUAAAAUGCCUUUGUCGGAACUUAUGGAGAAAGUCGGUAUCCUCCACGAAGACGAUCUUUCCAAACUUCUGCUGGAAUACUGGCUCGUUUUUGCCAGCGAACAUUUCGAAAUUCGCAUCAGUGGUUUGCGCAUGCUGGCGGAAUUAUUCCAUACAUUGCUGGCUAAACGCCAACCAAGUGAACUGCGCUCGUUCCGGCACACCGUUGAGGAUUCGACUAAGCUGGCCGCUGCCAUAACCGCUUGCUUGGCGAUUCUAAACACCAGUUUUCCCGGACCGACGGAGGACCUGACGGAAGUGGACGAUUGGGAAACUGUGUGUAAAGAAAAGAUCGAAUGGGCGCGAUUGUCCCAGCGUCUGGAAAGUCUUCUUGCCUUACAAGCUUUUAUUUGCCGAUUUGCCACUGUUGAUAACACUCAAAGCAGCCAUCCGGAGUUUCCUAACACAUCCGUGACGUCCUUCCUCCAACACGGCAAAUCCGCGGCAGCGGAAUAUCUCUCCGGGGCGGCGGCAGCCAGCAUCCUGUCUCUCCCUCCGGCGGUUAUACUGAAAGCAUUCUAUCACACUGAUGUGGAGAUGCAUUUUGCCUCCACGGAGCUGGAGGAGAACAACGAUCGCCCAUUGCGAUUUCUGCACAUUCCGGACGUCGCCUUGGAAGAACAGGAGAUAACCGACGCGUUGAAGUCCAUCCAGACGGUGUUCCCUAAAAGUCUGACGGCGGAUAUGCUGCUGGCCAAUUGUGCCUGGGAGAUGGCGGUCGCAUGGAAUAAGCACCCGGAAAAUUGUCGCGCACUGGAGCAGUCGGUGGAGUAUUUGAAAGAUGUUGUCCGUCCGGAAUUACGGCACGGCGUGGCUGUGCUAAUGUGGAAGACAUUUCUCGUGGAAAAAAUUAAUUCCUGCACGAAUUUGCUGGAAAAGGUGGGAAAGGCCCCAAAAGAACGUGCGUAUUUGAAAGAAAUCGGAAUGGAGGAGAGCGAUGUUGAGCUCCUUCUAUUGUUGACACACAGGAUUUUAUCCGUCAUUUUCACUUUGCAGGCUGAAUUUGAUAGCACGGUAGCGACUGUCACGUGCGAUGAGUUGUGGAUGAACGAGAACACCGCUGCGUCUAAAAGCUCUUUAGCGGAACUGGCGCUCUGCCAACCCAUGUCCAAUGCGGCGUUGGUUCAGCAUCACAUGAUCCUAGUGACGGUUCUGCAGGCCAUUAUCCGCUACAACGUGAAAACCAUUAAGCCGAUGGCGUUGUUCGAUUUCAAGGCGCAGGAAGCCUUUUACAAGGAACUGACGCAGUUCCCGUUAUUGUCCGUCGUGGCGAUUGACCAGAACAUCGUAAAAGCGCGAAAUCAGUUUCUGAUUCGCUGUUUAUCGGCGAUGGUGCGAACAGCGGCUGACCAUGUGACCCGACCGGAUGUGGCGUGGUUAGAGCGCAUUCUGGAGGUGGCACAUUACUGGGGCCUGUCCGGGGAUACGGUGCGCACGCUUUACGUCUGUGAACUGUAUUCGCAUGGGCUGGAUGAACUGGGGGAGGAGGCGUACAAGACCGUCACCGAUAAAGGCCCGCUGCAGUCCAAAUUGCUGUCUUUAGCGGGACAACGACUGAAAAGCUUACUGGCUAACACGCUAUCGCAGACCGAUUAUGCCAACUAUCUGUCGUCAAUGUCGCCGUUUUUGAUGUCCUGGAUUAAAUCUUUGGAGGGACGGAAUAUUUCGGAUUCCAGCGUUGACUGGGAGAAAUGCCAGCUGCUUCUGCGAAAUAUCAGCCACGAUCUGCGCUCGAAUCAUCCUGACAGUAAAAUAUGCGUGGAGGCACUGGAAUGGAUGCAGAAUCAUAGACCACAAAGCCAGAGUUGAUGGAGCUUGCCGUGAUCGGUUAUUUAUCUGUGAUAAGAGUUUUUCUAACGAUCAGUCAGCUUGUAUCUUCAGUACCUGUACAGAUACUUGCCGAAAAGUUGAUUUUCCCAGUGUUUCUUGUGCAAUUGUCAGGAGCCAUAUAGUGUUUUCCUCGCAGUUGUUUUGGGUCUGGGGGUUGCAGAGAGCUAUACCUAUUUUAGGAUUUGGCAUAGAAAAUUUUAGUUGUAAUAAAAUUUUUCGUUCA